AUGGUGGUAUGAGUCAAGGUGGACAAGGGUGUGGUUCCACUGGUUGGCACCAAUGAAGACACAACCACACAGGGUCUUAAUGGGCUAUAUAAGGGUUGUGCUUAAUAUAAAAAAGAUGGUGCUGACUUUGCUUAGUAGAGCUGUGUGUUGACCACCCCUACAACCCCAUGUCAGCUUGCAAUUUAAGAGAAUGUCAAUGUGAUUGCCCGCUAUGCCAGAAUCUUUCAGGUGUAUGCUAUUGUGCCAAUUGCCGAGCCUGAGACCCUACCUGAUGGUGAACAUGAUCUAAAGAGAUGCCAGAAUGUAACUGAAAAGAUUUUGGUGUAUAAGGCUCUUUCAGAUCACCAUGUCUCCCUUGAGGGAACCCUCCUAAAACCCAACAUGGUGACUGCAGAUCAAUCUUGCUCCGACAAGUACUACCCUCAAGAAAUUGCCAUGUCAACUCUCACCUCUCUGCGCGGAACUGUUCAUCCUGCUGUCCCCGGCAUUACUUUCCUGUCUGGUGGUCAGAGUGAGGAGGAGGCCACAGUCAACCUGAACGCCAUUAACCAGUGUCUCUUUCAAAAGCACUGGGCUCUUACAUUCUCUUGUGGUCGUGCCCUGCAGGCCUUUCCCCUAAAAGCCGGGGGGGGGAAGAAGGAGAAAGGCAAAGCAUACCAGGGGGAAUUUGUCAAAAGAGCCAUCGUACGUAAACAAUUAGACUACAGAACAACUGUGGCAUGCGUUGGAAAAUAUGUCUCUUCAGGAGAUACAGAAGCUGCAGCGGGAGAGUCUCUGUUUGUGGCCAAUUAUGCUUAUUAA